AUGUUCUCAUUUACAUCAAUUGGUGCGAAGAUUCAUUCCUCAAUCAAUGAUGGAUGUGGUCCUCCUCAGUUUAUUCUUAGUGGUCAAAAUUACCAUCGCAUUGGAAGUUUAUUGCCUGAUAAAGGAUCAAGUCCAAAAUUUGCACAACUAUAUAUUUAUGACACAGAAAAUGAAACAACAAACAUAGUUAGUCACUUUGGGUCUGAUAUACAACAAUCCAUAUUUGAUAAAUCAUUGAUAGAAGAGUUGAAAAGCAUGAUUGACAAACACAAUGUUCUUGCUCAAUCAUUCAGAAGAGCAAGAGAUUUUAUACAUGAUGAUGAUCGAUCAGAUUUUGGAUUGAGGUUAUUUAGACAUCGCUUUAAGGAUCCUAGAGUAUACAAUACCCUAAUAGCAGAUGAAGUCGCAGCAUUGAUAGUUGGUGAUUUGAGCACUUUAGAUGUAGGAAGAGACAUAAUUGUCAAUAAAGUUUGUGGUCAGUUGACGAGACUACAUGAAACUCAUACAUGUUUCAUUCCUCUGCAAUAUCUUUUGAUUUUUCCAUAUGGAGAGGAUGGUUAUCAAGAGGAUAUUCCAAUUAGAGAUUGUCAAAGAUAUGGUCAAAGUAGAAAGAGAAUUCAGAUUUCUUUACGAGAAUUCAUUGCUUUCAGAAUACAAGAUAGAAAGGUUGAAUUUGGUAACGUUGUACACUCACGUAGAUUGUUUCAACAAUUUUUAGUGGAUGCCUACACGAUGAUUGAAGCUCAAAGGUUUUCUUUUAUAAGAAAUAAUCAAAAACUCAUUCGUUCCGAUAUUCUGAAUGAGUUACAAGAAGUUGUUAACAAAGGUGAAACUGAUCCUUCUUCCAUUGGAAAGCGUAUAGUUUUGCCAGCUUCAUUUACAAGUGGCAUGAGAUACAUGUUCAAUAAUUGCCAAGAUGCUAUGGCCAUUUGUAAGAGGUAUGGCUAUCCAGAUUUGUUUAUAACAAUCACAUGUAAUGUCAAUUGGCCUGAAAUUCUUGAUUUUGUAAAAUCAAGAGGUUUAACUGGUUCAAAUAGGCCAGACAUUGUUUGUAGAGUUUUUAAAAUGAAAUUAGACCAAAUGAUGACAGAUUUCAAGAAGAAUAAUUUCUUUGACAAAGUCAAUGCAGUUGAAUUUCAGAAGAGAGGUCUGUCACAUGCUCAUAUAUUAUUAUGGUUGAGUGACUCAAACAAGUUAGAAAAUGCAAAGCACAUAGAUGAAGUAAUCUCUGCUGAACUUCCUCAUCCAGAUCUGUAUCCAAAACUUUCAAAGGCUGUUAAAACAUAUAUGAUACAUGGUCUGUGCAGAGCUGCUAGAUUCAACUCACCAUGCAUGAAAGAAGGUCGGUGUUCUAAAUUUUUUCCUAAAAAAUUUAGACAUAAAACUACAAUUGAUGAGGAUGGAUAUCCUGUAUAUAGGCGUAGAGAUGAUGGUUUAUUUGUGUUGAAAAAUGGACAUAAAUUAGGUAAUGGAAAUGUUGUGCCUUAUAGUCCUAUUCUCUUAAUGCGAUAUCAAGCUCAUGUUAAUACAGAAUAUUGCAACAAAUCAAACUCAAUCAAGUAUUUGUUCAAAUAUGUCAACAAAGGUCCUGAUAGAGCCACAAUGAAAAUUACAGACAAAGAGAAUGAUUCUAUAGAAGUGCGUAUUGUUGAUGAGAUUAAAAGAUAUAAUGAUUGUAGAUAUUUAUCUCCAUGUGAAGCAGUUUGGAGAAUUUAUGGAUUUUAUAUCCAUCAUAGGUGGCCUACUGUUCAGCGUUUAACUUUUCACUUACAAGAUCAGCAAAUAGUUUUGUUUAAAGAUGAUGAUAGAAUUGAUGAUGUAUUGGAGAGGAAUGACAACAUCAAUACCAUGUUUCUAGCUUGUAUAAAGACAAUUAAUGGUAAAACAUUCUCUACAUACCAAGAGGCUUGCCAAGAAUUGGGAUUAUUGGCAGAUGACAUAGAAUUCAUUGAUGCUAUUAAAGAGGCUAGCCAUCUUGCAUCUGGAAAUCAACUUAGAAGGUUAUUUGUUUCUUUGUUAAUCAUGAAUACAAUUUCAAAGCCAAAAGUUGUUUGGGAUGCAACUUGGAAUAUAUUGGCAGAUGGUUUUCAAAUGGAAGAACAUGAUUUACACAAUCUGUGUCUCCUAGAAGUGGAAGAACUUCUAAAUUCGAAUUCGCGAUCUUUAACAGAUUAUAGUUCCUUUCCUCAACCUGAUCUUUCUCAUUCAUUCAAAUUUAAUAACAGGUUCAUUAUUGAUGAACUGAAUUAUGAUAAAGAAGAAAUGGAGAAGCUACAUCACUCUCUAUUGCAGUCAAUCACUAAUGAGAAACUACAUGUUUAUAACCAAAUUAUGAUAGUAGUGAAUUCAGAUGUAGGAAUUUUCUUUUUAUUAUAUGGUUAUGGUGGGACUGGAAAAACAUAUUUGUGGAAACUUUUGUUAGCUGCUGUUAGAGCAAAGGGAAUGAUUGCGCUUAAUGUAGCUUCAAGCGCUUUUAAUAAAACAUUGGGAGACAUUAUGAGAGCUACAAAUGAAGAUAAUGCUAACAAACCAUUUGGUGGAAAGGUUAUUGUCUUGGGCGGUGAUUUUAGACAAAUCUUGCCAGUAGUAAGAAAGGGAUCAAGAUAUGAUAUUGUGAACUCAUCAAUUAAUUACUCUGAUUUGUGGCAAUAUUGCACAGUUCUUAGGCUAUCACAAAACAUGAGGUUAAAAUGUGCUGUUUCAAAUGAAAGUGCAAUACAUAUAAAAGAAUUUGCUGAUUGGAUUCUUAAAAUUGGAGAAGGAAAUAUGAAUUUCAAUGAAAGUGGUGAAGCCAACAUUUCAAUACCAACAAAUCUUCUAAUUCCAGAAAGUGAAACACCUUUACUUUCUUUAGUGAAAUUUGUUUAUGGUGGUCUAAUUGAAAAUAUCAUGAAUCCUAGCUUCUUUGAUGACAGUGCUAUACUUUGCCCUACAAUUGAUAGUGUUGAACAAGUAAAUGACUUCAUUUUAUCUUUGAUUCCUGAGUUUCUAAAUGAUAUCAAAUGUUCAGGAAUUCCAAAUCAUAGGAUUAAAUUGAAAGUUGGCGUACCAAUUAUGCUUUUAAGAAACAUUGAUCAAGCAAAUGGUCUUUGCAAUGGUACAAGGUUGCAAGUUAAUGAUUUGGGAAAGAAUAUUAUCUCUGCUAAUGUCAUAACAGGGAAAAAUGUUGGUGACAAAAUUUUCAUUCAAAGAAUGAACUUGACACCUUCUGAGUCCAGCAUCCCGUUUAAAUUUCAAAGGAGGCAAUUUCCAAUAUCCUUAUGCUUUGCAAUGACAAUAAACAAAAGUCAAGGCCAAACUCUUUCUAAAGUUGGACUUUAUCUUCCUCGCUCAAUUUUUACUCAUGGACAGUUGUACGUGGCAUUUUCUAGAGUCACAACAAAGAAAGGACUCAAAAUUUUAAUUCUGGAUGAAGAUGGAAAAGUAAGCAAUACAACUACCAAUGUGGUUUACAAAGAAAUAUUUGAAAAUCUUUGA